AUGACGUAUAUAGGGGGUGCCGGGGCGGGGUUGGGCCGUUGCCACGGGGACGAGGAGGGAGGGGCGCGGUCUGAUGACGUCUGUCGGCGGCCCGGUUGUGGGGUGAUGGAGGCGGAAGAGUUGGUCCGGCGGGUGACGGCGCUGCAGGCCCGUGUGCGCGGCUGGCUGGUGCGGCGCCGGUUCCGGAGCCUCCGCGAAGACUACGAGGAGUUGGUGCGGGCCAUCGAAGGACACGGGGACCUGCUGCGGUGGCGGGGCCGAGCCAUCCCCCGCCCCGUCUUCCUCCAACAGAAGGUGAAAACCAAGCCAGUCGGUGCCCCGGAGGUGGUUUCCCAAGUGGAGAGCGGCCCGGGAGGAGGGCAGGACCAGCCACGUGCCCCCCUGGAUGAAGAACCUGAGAGAGACUGUGCUGACCGGAGCCAUGGGGAGACCCCGGCCCAGUUGCCCAGAGAGAGACAUUCCCCGAACCGCGGCGGAGCGAGGGGGCCGGACCCGGGCCCAGGAGACCUAUCCAGUUGGGAACGCAGCCGGUCCGGAGCCCCAAAGGACCCUGGGAGUGAGGCUAACCUGAGCGACGCCUCGUCCGUGUGGAGCAGUGCUACCUGGGAGACAGAGGCCGCGGACCCCCGGGCAGGGGGAGACCGAGGCAGCUAUCCAGGCUCCCAGCUGCCCUCCGACCUGCCCCAGCUGCAGCGGCACCGCAGCCACCUGGCCAUGGAGUUGCUCUGGCUGCAGCAGGCGAUCGCCAGCCGCAAGGAGCUAUUUAAACCCAGGAGGAAGGCCUAUUGGCGGUGGGCGUGGUGGCCGCGGAGGCCAGGUGAGCUCAAGACAGAUAUUCCCGCUCGCCCCCGCCCAGCCCAGCGGGUCUCCGCCGUGGAAGAGACCGGCCCCGAUGCCCUGCACCAUCCACGUGUUGAGGAACGGAGACCUGCAGACGCCACCGCUGCGCCUGCAGCUGCCGCUGCCGCCCGGCGCUCCUCGCGGCCUCCGGCGCUGGGGGGCGCUGCUCCCCCGGCUCAGCGUCCGCGCCGCCCCGCCAGGCCGGCCCGUGCGCAGGCUCUAUACGCUGGCCGGGGUCCCCAUCUCCGAUGAGACGGCGCUGGUCAACGGAGGCUACUACGUGGCCGUGGGAGAGGAGGACUAUCUGGCCCUGCCCUACUCCGAGAUGCUGCUGCCGCCC